ACCCGAUUCAAAUAAACAGCUCAUCAGCAAGCUCUGUAAAGCUUUAUAACGAUUCUGAUCAUUUGAAUCAGGUGUGUCGCAAGAGGGAACUUCGAAAACAAGCAGAAUCGCGGCUCUCAAGGACCAGAGUUGCCGACACCUGACCUACACAUUUUAUCAGCAGUAGUUUUUUCAAAUGACAUUGUUUUAGUAAUCUUGUUGUUUUUAGCCUUAUUAUUGUUAUUAUUAUUUGUUUAUUUAUUUAUUUUAGAUACAUAGAAUUUGCUCGUCGAACGCUCCAACACCCUCAACUUCUUGUUUAGUUUGUUUGUAUCCUAGCAACACCGGAAUAAACCAUGGAAAGGUAUCCUCUUGUACGAAAUGAAGCGUUGAACACUGGUAAACAAUGCCAUUCUCAGACAACGUGUUUGUGUAAAAACAAUGAAAAUAAAAUUUUACACGUACAUAUAAAUAUAAACAUUCAUAUAAUUCGACUGGUGUGAUUUGUUGCGACUUAAGUAUUUCAUUCGCGCCCCUCGGCUGGGUUGAAGUGACCCGCAUCAUCCGACUUCCGGUUAGGAGAACGACGUGUUGGAGCUCCACGAAAUAUAAAAAGAUGGAGAACUUCAUUCUGUAUGAUGAGCUAGGAGGAGGAUCAACAUCUAUUGUCUAUAAAGGAAGACUGAAGGGAAAUCUAAACUAUGUCGCCCUCAAAUGCAGUGACAAAGUCAAGAGACCCGAGAUCACCAACCAUGUUCGUCUGAGUCAAGAUCUGGAUCAUCCAAACAUUGUUCGCUUUUAUGAGUGGUAUGAGACCAGAAAGCACUUGUGGGUAGUGGUAGAGCUCUGCACAGGUGGUUCCUUGGAGUCUGUAAUUGUUCGUGAUGGAUGUCUGCCUGAAGAUGUGGUUAGGAAGUUUGGAUGGGACUUGGUCAAAGGACUGGAACAUAUCCACAAAUUCGGAAUCAUUUUCUCUGACCUGACCCCAACUAAGAUCCUGCUGGAUAGUAGUGGUACUUUAAAGUUAAGUAACCUCAGUCACUCCAAGACAGAGAGGGAAACCCUUGAAGAUUUCUUGUCAUUGUGUUCUUCAUGUGAAGAUGCAGAGGAAAACUAUCAACAUGAUAUUAAAAAAAGGUUUCAAGGCUCAGCACGUUACAUGGCUCCAGAAGUCCUACAGGGAUCAGAAACGACUUUCACCUCGGAUCUCUGGGCUCUUGGUUGUAUUCUCUACUACAUGUACACUGCUAAGCCACCAUUUUUCUCUACUAACCACGAUGAACUUACUGGAAUGAUUUUACAUCAGGAACCUUCAUCACCCGUGCAGACAGUGUUUCCAUUCAGUCUUCCCAGUGAAGGUUUCCAAAAUCUUCUUCGAGCUUUACUCACGAAAAACCAUGCUGAGAGGAUUAAGUGGCCAGACUUACUCAGGCACCAAUUUUGGACACAAGAACAAAAUAAGGAAGAUGACUUAGAGGAAGUAGAGGAGUAUGAUGAUGACGAAGAGUUUGUCGAGAGAAAAAAUGGCAGAAGCAGUGGUGUUUCACCUGUUCAGGGGACUUUGGAGAAGUCAACCUCAUCACGGACAAAAAACAUAAGCAUACCAGAUAUCGGCACAGAGACACGCACUGCAGUCUGUGGAGUUGUGAGGAAGAGUCAGGGAUCAGCCGGGACGUUGGCAGAGCCCCAAAAGGAGAAUGAAGAAGAAAAGACGCAAAAUAAAACGACUCAACAAAUGGCUCAAAUGCUGCAACUCGAGGAGUCAUUUACAUCAGAUAAUCCAUCAAAGUUCAGGCCAAAGAGUGACAUUGAUGAUAACACUGAGACAAUCUCUCUACUCAGCUCCUGUGAAAUUUCAAGUGGAAGCUGCAGCAUCUCAGACUCUUUAAAUUGUAGUCGUUCUCCUCAGGGGAGUGACCUCCACGUUGUUAAGACAACAACUGGCACCGACAUCACAUCUUGUGUAAAAGCGCUUCUGCAUACUGAAUCAGACCGAACUGUUUCCUCAGUCAGCGUAGAUGCCAAGGUACAGUAAUGCGAGGCAAACAUACAAACUCCAUACAGGAAGGCCGGAGCCUGGAAUCAGUCUACAACCUCUGCAAUGUGAGGUGGACGUGCGAACCAAUUGACCACCGUGCCGCCCCGAGAAAGACAUUUUAGUUGGAAUUUGCACACAUUGCGUGAUGUGUUGUCAGGGUAGACGUUUUACCUAAUCACACCACUAGAUGGCAUAGCUGUCUGAUCAACACAAACAAACCACUAUACUGCUGUGUUUCGUGGCCUUAUUGACGAAAGGCACCGCUUUUACAUAGUAACAAUCUCAGUGUACUCCAUCAAAUAAGAAUGUCAUAAAAACUCUGUAUACUGCAGUAAUUCUGAUUUUGUUCACAACCCCACAAUCUUGAGUUAUCAAAUGUGAACUCUAUGUAUGGCAGGUAAUGACAUAUUUCCAGGUGAAAAUAACGAGGCGUCGGAGC